AUGGAGAAUGCCGGUUGGCUUAAGAAUGAUAGCAUGGAUAGUGAUGAGACAAUCACUGAUAACGCAGGAUAUUUCGACAUCUCUAUACUAUUAAGCCUGCUAUUUGGCUUUGCCGAAGAUUAUCAGAAAAUUGUUGUGAAUCCAAAACAUGAACUCAUUAUUACGAGACCGAAAACAGACAUCAGUGCAGUACUUCAGAGACCUAUCGACCAAGCAAGCCCUGAGGAGAAAGGGAAGAUCAACUUCCAAAAGAUUGAGUGGUUAAUUCACUACGUUAAAGUCUCUGAUGAGCGCAAAGUGAAGCUGCUUAAUUUCAUCGCAAAAGACACACCUAUCAUGAUGGGCUUUCAUACAUGGGAAUUGUAUGAGUACCCUCUGCUCCCCGCAACCUCGAAACAUGUUUGGGUUGUAAAGACAUCAUCUCAAUUGGAGAAACCUCGAUAUGUUAUCCUUGGAUCUCAAACCAAUCGUAAAAACAUCCAGACAGCUAAUGCCAGUCACUUUGAUCAUUGCAACAUCCGGGAUGUAACGCUUUUCCUCCACUCGCAAAACUAUCCAUACGGAAAUUUGAAUUUAGAUAUUGCUCACAAUCAGUAUUCUACACUAUACAAUAUGUAUGUGAACUUUCAAGAUUCUUAUUAUGGAAAGGAAUCUGAACAGUUAUUAAAUAGAGAAAAAUUCAUAACAAAUGCUCCUUUAAUUGUAAUCGAUUGUUCUAAGCAGAAUGAGUAUUUGAAAACUGGCCUAGUUGAUAUUCGUCUGGAGUUUGAGUGCUCUUGGCCUUUUUCAGCCAGCACAUCAGCGUACUGCCUCAUCCUCCAUGAUCGAAUUGUUGAAUAUAAUCCUAUCAGUGGUGGGGUUAAGAAGUUAAUGUAA